AUGUUCAUAAACCGCUGAUUAUUCUCAACCAAUCAUAAAGAUAUUGGCACUUUAUAUUUACUAUUCGGUGCCUGAGCAGGGAUAGUAGGUACAGGUUUAAGCCUACUAAUCCGUGCUGAAUUAGGUCAACCUGGCACACUCAUCGGAGACGACCAAAUUUACAAUGUCUUAGUAACAGCCCAUGCCUUCGUAAUAAUUUUCUUUAUAGUAAUACCUAUUAUAAUUGGAGGUUUCGGAAACUGACUAGUUCCCCUAAUAAUUGGAGCACCUGAUAUAGCCUUUCCUCGCCUAAACAAUAUAAGCUUUUGACUACUUCCCCCCUCAUUCCUCCUACUAAUAGCAUCUUCAGUAAUUGAAGCAGGUACAGGCACAGGUUGAACUGUAUAUCCUCCUUUAGCUGGAAAUCUAGCACAUGCAGGAGCUUCAGUAGAUCUUACCAUUUUCUCCCUACAUCUAGCCGGUGCAUCCUCAAUCCUCGGAGCCAUUAACUUUAUCACAACCAUCAUUAACAUAAAACCUCCCGCCAUAACUCAGUAUCAAACACCCUUAUUCGUAUGAUCAGUCCUAGUCACAGCAGUACUUCUACUACUAUCAUUACCUGUCCUAGCAGCCGGAAUUACAAUACUAUUAACAGACCGAAAUCUAAAUACAACCUUUUUCGACCCCGCAGGGGGAGGCGACCCAAUUCUAUAUCAACAUCUUUUCUGAUUCUUCGGCCAUCCCGAAGUAUAUAUCUUAAUCUUACCUGGCUUCGGAAUAAUUUCACAUAUCGUAACCUAUUACUCAGGAAAAAAAGAACCUUUCGGAUACAUAGGAAUAGUUUGGGCUAUAAUCUCAAUCGGAUUCCUAGGCUUUAUCGUGUGAGCUCAUCAUAUAUUUACAGUCGGAAUAGACGUGGACACACGAGCAUAUUUUACAUCAGCUACUAUAAUUAUUGCUAUCCCUACCGGAGUAAAAGUAUUCAGCUGACUUGCAACACUUCACGGGGGAAAUAUCAAAUGAUCUCCUGCUCUAAUAUGAGCUCUUGGCUUUAUUUUCCUAUUUACAGUAGGAGGCCUAACGGGCAUUAUCCUAGCCAACUCCUCCCUAGACAUCGUUCUCCACGAUACCUACUAUGUAGUAGCCCAUUUUCACUACGUCCUCUCAAUAGGAGCUGUCUUUGCAAUCAUAGGAGGCUUCGUCCACUGAUUCCCAUUAUUCUCAGGCUACACACUGAAUCAAACAUGAGCAAAAAUUCACUUCCUAAUUAUAUUCGUAGGCGUAAACAUAACAUUUUUCCCACAGCACUUCUUAGGCCUAUCCGGAAUACCUCGACGAUAUUCCGAUUAUCCAGACGCUUACACAACAUGAAAUACUAUUUCAUCAAUAGGCUCAUUCAUCUCAUUAACAGCAGUCAUACUAAUGAUCUUCAUCAUCUGAGAGGCAUUCGCAGCUAAACGAGAGGUAUCAACAGUAACUUUCACUUACACAAACCUUGAGUGAUUAAAUGGUUGCCCUCCUCCAUAUCACACAUUCGAAGAACCAGUAUAUAUUAACCCAAAAACGUCAAGA